CCCUGCCCCGCCCGUCUUCCUCUUCUCGGCCAAGCUAGCUAUAGCCCACCACCACCACCACCACAGGCACCACUGUCCACUGCAACCCUGCCCAGGCCCCCCAAAAAGAAAUCUAGGACAGGCAAGGAGCUGCUAGCUUACUUAGCCUUGGUUUAGAGCGAGGAAUCGGGUCCAGAUUUCAUGCCAUCCUAGCUCGCCCCUAGCAGACACACAUCGUCGAGUGGUGCUAAAUUUUCUCAGGUUUUCGCGUUGCUGGUUGGGAGGGGGAAGAGAUCAGAGGUCGGAGAUGGGUCGAGGCAAGGUGGUGCUGCAGCGGAUCGAGAACAAGAUCAGCCGGCAGGUGACCUUCGCCAAGCGCCGCAACGGCCUGCUCAAGAAGGCGUACGAGCUCUCCCUCCUCUGUGACGCCGAGGUCGCGCUCGUCCUCUUCUCCCACGCCGGCCGCCUCUACCAGUUCUCCUCCUCCUCCAACAUGCUUAAGACCCUCGAGAAGUACCAGAGGUACAUUUUCGCUUCCCAAGAUGCCGUCGUACCGACUACCGAUGAGAUGCAGAACAACUAUCUGGAGUAUAUGGAGCUGAAGGCCAGGGUUGAGGUUUUACAACACUCACAAAGGAAUCUCCUAGGCGAGGAUUUGGCUCCACUGAGUACAACCGAGCUUGAUCAGCUUGAGAGUCAAGUAGUCAAGACCUUGAGGCAAAUAAGGUCAAGAAAGACUCAAGUACUGCUGGAUGAAAUGUGCGACCUGAAGAGAAAGGAGCAAAUGUUACACGAUGCAAACAUGACCCUGAAAAGAAAGCUGGGCGAGAUCCAGGUGGAGGCGACACCUGAUCCACCGCAGCAGCAGCAGCUGCAGGUGUGGCAGGGCGACAGGGGCCUGCCGUCCCACACGCCUCCGCAGCCAGAGCACUUCUUCCAGGCCCUAGAAUGCUAUCCUUCUCUGCAGCCAGUAUUUCGUGGCAUGGAUGUGAACCAGCCGCCGCCUGCAUGGAUGGCAUAGCUAUGGACCCGCGUUGAUCUGUCUACUGUUUCAGCCGAUCAACAAGAUGCACCACUUGGCAUGAGCGAUUAUCUAUCUCAAAAACAAUCAACAACAAGAUGCGUUGCCUGCCUAGUGUCCUGCAUCUCCAAUAGCCUCAUAUAUAUAUCAACUCGGCUGCUUUUGUGUUCCCUUUUCAAGUGCUUGCCGGACUUCUUUAAGUAAUGUGUACAGGGCUUGUCUUAUUUGUCAUUAGCAAGUGUUAUAUUCCUCAUUUUCCUUAGAAAAGGCGAGAACGGUUUCCUUUUGGGAUUUGAUUUACAACAGUGUAAUAAUCCUUCCCAAUGCAUGUAUGGCACGCUCAUGCUCUCUCAA